ACACCAUAUCACCCAUUAAACCAGAAAGCUGAAGAAGACAGCACAAGAACAAAAGAAGCAGAGAGAGAGAGAGAGAGACGCAGUGGUGCAAUAAAGAUAAACCCAGAAAAAAAAUGUACAGAUUCAGUAACACAGUGAUAGGUUUCUUGAACCUCUUCACACUCCUAGCCUCAAUUCCGAUCAUCGGCGCCGGAUUAUGGAUGGCCAGGAGCAGCGCCACCUGUGAAAGCUUCCUCCAAACACCACUUCUGGUGGUGGGUUUCGUGAUUCUGAUCAUCUCUCUUGCCGGAUUCAUUGGAGCUUGCUUCCACGUUGCAUGGGCUCUCUGGGUUUAUCUUUUGGUCAUGUUGCUCCUCAUAGGGACUUUAAUGGGCUUAACCAUAUUUGGGUUUGUGGUGACGAGCCAAGGCGGCGGAGUGGAAGUUCCCGGCAGGGUUUAUAAGGAGUAUCAGCUGGAAAACUACUCGCCGUGGUUGAGGAAGAGAAUUAAAGAUCCUCAUUAUUGGAUGACUGUUAGGAGUUGCAUAUUGGGUUCAAAAACUUGUGCUAAGAUUGCUUUUUGGACACCUUUUGAUUAUCUGAGCAGAGACAUGUCUCCAAUACAGUCUGGUUGUUGCAAGCCACCAACUGCUUGUAAUUAUGCCGCAACGGACCUGGCUCAAGACCCGGACUGCUACCACUGGAACAACGCCCCGAAUCUGCUGUGCUACGAGUGCGAUUCGUGCCGGGCCGGCGUGCUCGAGGAUGCGAGAAGGGAUUGGCACAAGCUCUCUGUCCUCAACAUAGUCAUGCUCAUUGUCCUCAUUGGCAUAUACUCCGUUGGUUGCUGUGCUUUCCGAAACACUCAAAGGGCCGAGACCGAUUACCCGUAUGGCGAGAAUCGGAUGUCCAAAGUCCGACCCAGAUGGGAUUUCUACUGGUGGAGAUGGUGGCAUGACAGAAGACACCAGCUUUAUUGAGCAAAACUCUUAUCUUCUUUCAAAGUCUCGAUUUGGGUUUCUGGUUCUCCAAAAGAUGGGACAAUUCUGUGGGUUUUUCAGUGUAUGAGCAAUGGAGGUUUCAAGGCCUCUCCCUUUACAAAGCUGCUUUUUUUGUACAAAGAAAGAUUUAUCUUUAUUUCAUUAGCUCAAACCAUUGCUUUUACUUUUGCUUUACUGCAUUUACACAUUAGUAGUGGUUUGGAUACAUAACGAUGGUGGAAAUUAUGGACCAACUUGGUUGAUAAGGAUGUGCUUGGGGGC